CGUGGCCGCGCCCCGGCACCUACCUGAUGAUGCUGCCGUCCCGCCCGCGCGCCGUCGGUCGGUCCCCGAUCGAGGCAGCCCCAGCCAGAACCGAUGCGCCGUCGCCGUUCCACCCCCGCGCACACCGCGCGCGUCGCAAUGCCAUCAUCAUCAUCACCCGUCAGGCCGUCACUCAGCCCCCGCCACCCCACCAAACCACCCUUGACUCCAACCAUACAGAAAAUAGUGAGGGAGGGUCCUCAUCGAUGAUUCAUAAACACGCGCGUUAAUGCAUCUCGCCUUUUUUUCUUUUCUUCUUCUUCGUCUUCUUCUUACACCACCAUUGUCCUGCUCCGUCGGUUCGUGCGACAUCUCCCGACAACGAGGAGAUGCUAUGCUACUACUACCUACUUUUGGGCGACGAGGAGGAUGAGGCCACAGCUCAACUGCUGCCUGCCGCCCUGCCUGCCUAUACAUACGGCAGGUCUCUGGUCAGGUACACAGUCACUAUUGCACGCGAGGAGAGGGCAGAGCCGAGAGCCCGAGACACACUAUAGUGCUGCGUUUAUAUGCUUGCUUCUUGGGCACCCGCUCGGCGUGAGGAGCACAACACACGGUAGAUCGGAAGGGGAAGCAGGGAAUCUAUCUAGUCUAGUCUAGCUAGCAUAGAGCGAGGAUGACCAGCGGUGGUGCAGCAGGCGCCGCGGCCGGAGGAGGAGGAGGAGGCAAGGCCGCCGCCGUCCCGCUGCGGCUGCACCACUACCUCGUGAUGGCCGGGGUGGCGGCAGCGGUCGUCCUCGCCUGCCUCAGGUACGCGCCGGACGCCGCAGCGGGGUACGGCUUCCUGGCCGUCGCGCCGCAGCAGCCAGUGGCCGCGGUCGCGGUCGCUGUCGCCCGCGCGGCCGACGGUGGCGACGACGCUCAUCGCCCGUCGUCGUCGGUGAUCAUCUUCAACUUCGGGGACUCCAACUCCGACACGGGCGGCAUGGCGGCGGUCAACGGGAUGAACUUGAACCUGCCCGAGGGACGCACCUUCUUCCGACGACCCACCGGAAGGCUCUCCGACGGCCGCCUCGUCAUCGACUUCAUCUGUGAGAGCCUGCACACGCCUUACCUGAGCCCAUACCUCAAGGCGCUGGGCGCGGAUUUCAGCAACGGCGUCAACUUCGCCAUCGGCGGCUCCACGGCGACGCCGGGAGGAUCUCCAUUCUCGCUGGACGUGCAGCUGCAUCAGUGGCUCUACUUCAGGGCCAGGUCCAUGGAAAUGAUCAACCUAGGGCAGAGGCCACCGAUCGACCGCGAAGGAUUCAGAAAGGCCAUCUACACCAUCGACAUCGGGCAGAAUGACGUGUCUGCUUACAUGCACCUGCCCUACGAUCAAGUGCUUGCCAAGAUCCCCGGUUUUGUUGCUCACAUCAAGUACACCAUCGAGACGCUGUACUCGCACGGGGCCCGCAAGUUCUGGAUCCACGGCACGGGCGCGCUGGGCUGCCUGCCGCAGAAGCUGGCCAUCCCGCGGGACGACGACACGGACCUGGACGCCCACGGCUGCCUCAACACCUACAACGCCGCCGCCAAGCGCUUCAACGCGCUGCUCAGCGACGCCUGCGCCCAGCUCCGGCGACGGAUGGUCGACGCCGCGCUCGUCUUCGUCGACAUGUACACCAUCAAGUACGACCUGGUGGCAAACCACACCAUGCACGGGAUUGAGAAACCUCUGAUGGCGUGCUGCGGCUACGGCGGGCCGCCGUACAACUACAACCACUUCAAGGCGUGCAUGUCGGCGGAGAUGCAGCUGUGCGACGUGGGCACGCGGUUCAUCAGCUGGGACGGCGUGCACCUCACCGAGGCCGCCAACGCCGUCGUCGCCGCCAAGGUGCUCACCGGCGACUACUCCACGCCCAGGGUCACCAUCGACAGACUCGUCAACUCCACGCUGCCCAACGACGACUAGCUGCCUGCCAGCCUGCUGCCGCGAGAGGAUUGUGAUCGCGAUCCAUAUUCAUAGAAAUCUAGAUUCGUAAUGCAUGGCGGCCAAGAUGACGCUAAGAUCGAACUCGAGAAGAGCUGGUUCACCGCUCCCAUCAGGAUCGAGUUCGAACGAGCAAUUUCCAUGCAUGACACCGAGUGACACAAUUGAUUUCAUUAUUGACUAUAGUCGUACCAGUAAAAAGAAGGGCUGGAUCAUAUAAGUGUUUUCGCGGGGAUGCGCCUCGAGGCUUUUACAUACAAUCUAUCAUGCACCUGACAUGCAAUGCACAUAUGUGUGUAACAUUUACAGUUACUUGAUUUUUUAAAAGACAUUUUCGAUA